CGCUACUGAAAGCCCAAGCGCGACGCUUCUCUCAAAGGUCAAUCCCCACUUUUGCCUAGCACGCAAUGAUCCCCCCUCGUCGAGAGAAGGCAAUGGCGCCACCGCCGCCCGCCGCGUGCGCGGCGGCGGCGGACGGGGAGCCUCUGGAGGUGCGGUGCGCGGGGUGCGGCGAGACGCUGGAGGUGGACCGGGGCCUGACGGAGUUCAUCUGCCCGGACUGCGCCACGCCGCAGUCGCUGCCCCCCGAGCUCAUGCCGCCGCCGCCGCCCCGGCGGAAGGCGCUCCCGCUGCCCCGCGGCGCCGCGGACGUGCGGGGCGCGCGGCUCCCCUGCGGCGCGUGCGGCGCGCUCCUCAGCGUGCCCGUCGGGCUGCCGCGCUGCGCCUGCCCGCUCUGCGGCGCCGAGCUCGCCGUCGACACCGCGCGGCUCAGGCACUACCUCCUGUCCUCCGCUGCCGCGGCGGACGCCGUCCCCGUGGUGCCGCUCGGUGCCUCCUCCUCGGCGCCACCCAUCCUCCAACCUCGAGAGGCACAGACAGAGCGUCCUAAUUGGCUUAUCGCAGAGCAGGCAGAAUCAGAGCAUCCUGAUUACAUGGUUGAUCGAGAGAAGAUACAUGGGGUCAACCAGGAUACUGCAAGGUACAAGGAGCAGAGGAACAUAUAUUCAGGCAGCCCCAGAAUUGUUAGUGCAGAAAAUAGACAUGGAGUGCCUCUAAAUCAGGUCAGGCAUCAGCCUCAAGAUCUUCCUUCCAGCCAUGCUGUUCAUACAAAGCAGACAUAUCAAGAGAGUCCAGAUCGAGUUACUGAGUCACUGCAAAAUUCUGCUAAUUCCGCACUAUUUAAGAAAUCAGGAUGCAUUUCACAUAUUAAUGAUACUACAAUAACAGACAUUAAUGGCAGAGCUGGGAGCUCCAUUUGCCCCAAAACUUUAAAUCUUGAGAAGAGAAACAUGCAGACUCCCAAACAGAUCAAGCAGAAGCCACAAAAACAACUUUCUUGCUAUGUGACAUCUCUGGAGCAUGCUCGGGCAGAAUCUGUAAAUAGGGCAAUUCAUGUUCAGGAAAAGCAACAAGAGCCUUCAAAUGAAGCAAACCGCCGAGAAAAUGCAUGCGCUAGACUGGCCAAUGAAACUAUUGCAGACAAUAACAACAGGAGGAGAACAAGGCAGUUGAUUGGCCUCAAUGCUAUGGGUGCAGAUAAGAAUCAGGGGCAGACACCAAAUAAUGCUACACAACAGGUGUGGAAAGAACGAUCUGAUUCUGUGAUCUGCAGGGAACUGGAUAAUCAAGUAACUCUAGAAAGCAAACAGCCAGGUCGUCACAGAGUUCACAUAAGGAAAAGGAAGGGUCUGCUUUCUGCAAAUUCAGGUCUUCAGCUUAGGCGUAGCAAACGUUUGGCGAAAGAUUCUUCUGCCGCCAUAGAUAGACAACCUGUUAUGGACGCCCAACUAAUACAUAGGCAAACUGUUGGGUGUCAAGCUGCUUCCCCAAAUCGCCUCAUGCCAAUUGCCACUAUAUAUGACGAACGGACAGAAAGUGAGCCUGAUGAGCAGUGGACCGCAUCUCCAGUACCAUGUUUGUCUGAUCCGCCAGAUACUGAUAGAACCAUAAACAAUUUGUGUACUAGUUCAUUCCCUUCACAUGAGAUUCGUCAAACAAGCUGUAAUGAGCUGGAGAACCUUCAUUCAACUCCAAUACCUUCUUCAAAUCCUGACAUGUCCGAUCCUGAGCAUUUUUCUUCAAACCCUGACAUGUCUGAUCCUGAGCAUUUUUCUUCAAACCCUGACAUGUCUGAUCCUGAGCAUUUUUCUUCAAACCCUGACAUGUCUGAUCCUGAGCAUUUUUCUUCAAACCCUGACAUGUCUGAUCCUGAGCAUUUUUCUUCAAACCCCGACAUGUCUGAUCCUGAGCAGUUUGCUCGUACCUAUAUUCCUAUGGAUGUUAGAAGGGCCCUUGCAAAGCUAUCAUCCAAGUCAUUGAUUCACCAUAUGAUGUCCCAGCCAAGUUCUGGUGAGUCAUACAUGCAUGAUUCAAUGGAUUCUGAAGGACAGGAUGUGCAGCUAGCAUCUCAGAAUAAAGGUAGACGUCCUCGUGGUUCAACACUAUGUCUAAAGUUGUGGACCAUGCCUAAGGGCAUGCGCAUACCAGUUUCAUUGAACGCCUCAGGUUUGCCUAUUGGAAAAGAAGCAGCCACAUUGUCUUCCUUUCUGGGCACAUUAGCACGGGAUGGAAUAUUGGCACCUCUUUCGCAUCUUGGUUGGAAAAAUGUUCCUGAGAAAAACAAGGAUGUGAUGCGUCAUAUUGUCAAGCUCAAAUUUGAUAUUGCUCCAGUUGGUGAGUUAUGGAUUGUGAAAAAUUUAGGAAAGAAGUGGAAGAGCUGGAAAUCUAUAUUAAAACAAAAGCAUUUUGAUGCUCAUGAGACGGAAGAGGAGCGCCUUGCUGAUCGGAAUCCUCGUGUUCUUGAAGAACAGUGGCGAUUCUUAGUUGAAUAUUGGAGUACUGAAAAAGCGCAGGUUGCAAGUGCUCGAAAUAAGGCUUGUCAGGCAAAUGUAACCACGUAUCAUAGCUCAGGAACGAAGAGCUUUGCACGUAGAAUUGAAGAGGAGAGGCAAAAACGGCCUAAUAAUGAUGAGCCUACAGUUGAGGAUUUGUUCAUAUUGACUCACACUCCCAAGGAUGGGAAGCCAAUGACGAAGGCGGCAGCUGAUACCAUUGAGCGAUUCCGUCAACAAUGCCAAAAGCAAACAGAAGGGUCAGGGAGUGACUUCGGACUGGAGUCCCGCGCAACCAGGCGACGUAGGAAGCCAGGCUUGAAGGCAUCUUUGAGGGAAGCCAUGGAGGCUAAAAGAAAAGCUGAAGACGAGGCAGCUUCACUGAUGAAGAAGUUGAUUGCUAUGGAAGAAAGGCAGAAAAAGGUGCAUGCCGGUAAAGCCGACAUGAAGGGCGCAGAUGGUCCUGUGAACUCCCCGGAGGAGCGAGCAGGUGAACCGUCAUCACCUCCAGGUUUUCAACAGGUCCAAAAUACCCCAAGCUCUGAUAAAAUUUCGAAGGCAUAUCUCUCUCUCCGUCGACGAUAUCCCACAGGUCCAACAUACUUUGGAGACAUAUAGCGAUCUACUGUACAAUCCUUCAGCCUAAUGCUGGAUCCCAAGGGCCUUUCCAUGGUACCACCACCGGCAAUAGCUGCACGAAGUACAAAAAACAACGGGGUUUAGCUCAGUGUUCUACUGUUCUUGUGUAAUGUUGGCUCGCGAAUCCUUGAGUUCACUCGGAAGUCGAGAAUACGUUUGACUGCAUUUGUCCAUGGGAUUGUGGGAGUACCUUUUAAAGUAUUUGAUCACUGAUAAAAUCAAAAGUGUAUGUAAGUAGUAAUAAGAGGCAUAUGCGCUUAAUGUACUAAACAUCUAGGAGUAAACAGGAACGGGAAUCAGUUUGACUUA